AUGUCUGACUCUCCUCCGCCUACCCCUUCUGACGCUCCUAUAUCGCCUUCACUGGACUCUUCCCGGCCGCCCACACCGUACGACGUGUCUGCAUUCGGCCCAUCCCGUUCGCCCACACCGUACGACGGGUCCACCUCCUACCCAUUCGGCGUGUGCCACCGGGCUCAAUGGACUGUGACUGGCCGUACUCAGCACGAGACCGUAAAGAGAAGCAAAGGAUUCCAUUCCUCGCUGUAUGGCUCUGAGGCCGGCGAGCAACUGUUGGGUGCCUUGAAAAUGGACGCAUUUCUGUCGGUGUGCUUCCCGUACACUGACUCCGAUGACAGAUUUUCCACUUUUAAUGCUACCCGGAUGAAAGAGCUGCAGGAGCUACUCGGUAAAGUCGAACCGGGGGGGAUGUACAAUGUAGAGAGACCGAUGUAUGAACCUAUUCGCAAGGCACUGCAGUAUAUUCUUAAUGUCUUCAAGGUCGAUAAAGGCCUACAUUCACUGGCGGUCUAUGACACAUCUCGUGCGUACGAAAGAGGCGAUGCCAAGCUGGGUCAAAUUGCACCUGAUUUAAUGAUCCAGGCAGGAGAGGAAACUAGAGAGAAAGAGCCAUGGAGCCAUGCACUUGGAAUUAUCGAAGUGAAGCCGGAGAGAAAGGAGGAUCCGACUUGGAACAACGAUGCUAGACGAGAUAUGAACAAGAGAAAAACCAAGACUUGGGACCAAAUUCAGGAAUACGGUGCCGUUGCCUUUCAGGCUCGUCCGCGAUGUUACUUGCUUGGUAUGGGUUUCUACGAUGAUAUCGCCCGAUUCUACCGAUGGGACCGUUCAGCGGUCAUCUUGUCGGAAGCGUUCGACUAUAAGACAGACUGCCAACCCUUGGUGGAGUUUCUAUACGGAUUUGCUACGUAUGGGAACAACACGAUGGGCACUGAUAGUACGAUUAAAUGCUCCAAGCCCCUUCCCAUCCCGCUUCCAGGCUUGCAGCGAUUAUAUGACAAGGCUGUUGAAAAUGGGGUGGUCGACCCCAAGACGGAGGUGGAACGCGCCGAUCUAUGCUCUCAUGCGUUCGAAAUACUGGCACCAGCGGGCGAGCCAUCUCCCGUCCUCGGGGACAUUUCACCUUCUCGAAGGUCCAAAACCACUGCUUCCGCGGGUACAACUCGUCCGGAGCCAGAGACGUACGUGACCUUAGGAGACCCACUCUUCAGUGCGCGUUCCCUUUUCGGUCGCGGAACCAGGACUUGGUUGGCUACUUCAGUCGCGGCGUCACGGCCGCAUUUCUCACCGGGAAAGGAGAUGGAACAGUGUGUAAUUAUCAAGGAUUCGUGGCGAGAGGAGGACCGGUUGACUGAGAAGGUGAUCUACGAACGCAUCCACGAGAAAGGCCACAUAUUCGGUGUGGCCCGGUGCCGAGGAGGCUUUGACGUCGGUUCUGUGUCGGACGUAGAAGAGAAGCCUUGUCACGAAACUUGCGCAUCGAGGGUGAACCCUCACUUGCCGAAGGACAAGGACGAAUAUCGCCAACGUAUCCAUUAUCGAUGUGUUCUGGAGUCUGUUGGUAUCCCCUUGACUCGAUUCCGCUCGACUCGAGAACUGGUUGCAGCGGUAAGAGACGUCGUCAAAGGCCUCAACGAGAUGACCGCGAGGGGCAUCCUGCAUCGCGAUAUAAGUGUAAAUAAUAUUCUGAUUAGUGCCUGUCCGAGCGCAGAACACGGCGCAAUAGGAUUUCUCAUUGAUCCCGAGUACGCCGCGUUUCUGACGGACAAGAAUGCCACAUCGGUCCUUCGGCGAAUCACGGGAACCAUUCAAUUCAUAUCCAUACAGUUCCAGCACGGGGACAAGGUCGUCGAGCAUAAGGCUUGGCAUGACCUUGAGUCUGUCUACUGGGUUCUACUCUAUACUGUGAUUUGCCAUGCCGACACCAACAUUACGUCGCAACAGGUACGACGAAUUUUCGACGAGGAAAGAGGAUCUGGCAAGGUCGAUUGGAUCUGGCAAUAUGAAUGGGAGAAAGUCGAGGUCAUUGGGCAUUGGCCGCUUACUGUAUGUCUCCGCGAGUUCGGCCGACUGGUUGCCAGCCACCACUUGCCAGACCAGCCCCGAAACGCAUCCAAGCUUCUCAAUCACUUCCGGGUUCUGAGGGCUUUGGAUCGCGCGCUUGCGUCUCCGAUCUGGCCAGAGGAAGACCCUGGUGCGCGCGAAUUCAAGCAGAGCCCCGACGAAAUUGCGCAGAUGAAUGAGGAGACGGCAAAAAACGUAUCUUCUGCUAUACGGUCCUCCCAGGCCAGUGGUAUGUCGGACGCGAUUACUUCCGAUGCGUCAAAGCAGAGCGCUUCGCGGAAACGCAAGGCUCGUGAAGGCAAAGAGGAAGAUCAGCCUCAGCCUUCCUCCUCCGGUACGAAGCGGAUCAGGAGCGAGUCCUAA